ACACAUGAAGGUCUCACUCACUUCUUCUUUCCCCGAGUCCUGCAAGGAGCCACAGGCCUGACUGUGCAGCAGACACCCAAGUUUUUGCAAGUGAGACAGGACAGCCAGGUGACUUUGACCUGCCAGGUGGUGCGGACCCAGGCCUGGGAGCGGCUCCGUGUCGAGUGGAUCAAGGAUGUUGACACCUUCUGCCAGACACACAUUGUCAAAGGCAGUCUCAGCAAGAAUGUCUGUGGGCCUCAGGGAUGGCUCUCCUGGCAGCCGCUUGGCAACCUCACCCUGCAGCUGAAUCACAUGAGCUUCAGUGACAGGGGACGCUAUGUGUGUGGGGCGACCGUGGAGAUCCCUGAUUGGGAGGAGGCCCAGGGCAAUGGGACGCAGCUCCUGGUGGAGACAGGACUCUACUUCGCGCCGCUGGUGGCAGGGGCGGUGGCCGUGGCCGCUUUCGCUCUGGGCGCCGGGAUCUGGGGCUGCCGCCGCUACCGGAAGGGGGAUGCAGGCAGUCCACUCUACAGCAACGUCCUAUACCGGCCCCGGAGAGCCCCAAGGAAGAGUGAGGCAUGGCCUGUGGAAAGGAAGGUGCUGGACAGUGAGGAUCAGAAGGGCCAAAGCUUCUAUUCGAUCUCUUUCCCCCAGCGCCCCACCCCCAAGUCGCAUCUGGCUCCCAAAUCUUGCCCCAGCCCCAGACCCAUUCACCCCAUCUCUGCAGUCAGAAUCUCUCCUGGCCCAGGCUCCUCUGGGAAGCCAAGGUCAAGAGGGUUCCUUGAAGUGGGAAGAGAAAUUAGAACCCAGGAGAGCCAGAGAAGACCUCCCCCCAGUGACUAUAUAAAGAUGUGACUUAUUCCUAGGGGAUCACAGAGUCCAGCAGUUUAUCCUAGAGACCCCAUCCUUGUUUUUAUGAGGAUAGACCUCUCCCUUGUCCCAAGAACAUCCAAUAACGGUUCAUGAAGAAAGCAA